UUACUGUACAUCUGGACAUUUAUGUAUUGUACUGCAUAACCUCCACAGUCCAACACUUCCCAAACCAAAUGCUGCCACCUGUUAUUCUAUAGUAUUUAUAUUCUGAUUUUUAUAUAUAUAAUUUUCAACCGGAAAUGUAUUUUUAUAGUUCUGAUUAUAUUAGUAAAUCUGGCAUUGAGGAUACAGUUCAAUAUUAUGAUCGGAGUAGGACGGACGUUUCUCCAUAUUUUCCUGUUCUCUCCUAUCCUACAUUUUACCACCCUCGCCAUAGAAAAAAAGGAGACGGAGAAGAAAACUGAUGUCGUGGAUUCACAGUUCCUGGACGUAACUCCUCCAUGCCGAGAUAUUCUCUCCAGGUUUAAGGAUGCCAUGAUGAGAGACAGGUCAACCUUCUACCUGAGCCAGGGUCGACAGAUGGAGUUUGGUUCAACUCCACUAGAACGAGCUCAGAUCUCUGGGUUCAACUCCUUCAACGUAGAGGAGUGUUCCCCAUCGGCUGAUGGUUUAAUACUCAUCGGGAUUAGGUUCAAUAUGCUCACUCUGAUAGCUCCCAGGAAUGGUACAGGAGGGUUCAGGGGUAAUGAUUUCCCAAGACAAGGAAUGGAGAGUGAAUAUGGAAGAGAAAUACCAAGAGUUUCAGGGAACCAGAGAUAUAGAUUUGGAAGACAGCGAAGAUAUCGUAGACAAACCUUUAAUGGUAGACAAGAUAGAUUCGGAGGAGAAGGGUCGGUCAAUCAGUUCUACCCAAAUACUAUGUUAGGAGACCGGGAACAGGUUGUGGAUGUGAAUGGAGUUGAGUUGAUCUAUAAUCCGUCCCGUUCUCUUAGAGGCAACUCCCAACCUGUCACAAGGGUUCAUUUAAACCUGCGGGAUGCAACCUUCAG